AUAUCAACACGUCCUCAACUUCUUCAUUCUCAACAAGGUCUAAAAGAAAUGGAUCUAAUCUGAAACAUCAGCAUGACAUUUUGAGUACUUCCUGCCAAGAUUUGGGUCACAAAAAAUAGCUUUUUUCAACUUGUUUGAAGUGGUGGGACCUUCCCUUGCAGAGACUGGAGAGGGAAAUUGGGGCAGGUUUUAAAUGCUACCUCCUUCAACACCGCAAUCACAUUAUUGCUGGCUGAUCUGAGAAGCACAUGGGAUAAAGAGAAAAGGAGUGUGCAGCUGUCCAGAUGUGUUUCAGGCACAUUCUAUGAGAACAUGACAAAUGGACUGCAAGAAAAAAGCAAACUUCAGAGGACACCAGAACAGUAACAUUCCUAUUUGCAAAACUUACCGUCUGUACACUUUGGUUCAAAUGUUUAAAGUACAGUGGGGGUGAUGUGUAAGGGGAAACAGAGUAUGGAAAUUGUCUGCUGGACCCCUGAACCACUAGUUUCAGUAAUAACAGUCAUGUAAAUUGUCUCUUUUUUACUUUAAAUUUACAUUUUAAAAGGUUUCACAUUUCUCAUUGUAAACUGGUGAUUAAAACAAAAAGUGGGCUGAGUUAACUAGACCACUGUGACCGAGAAGGUGCCUGUUAAUGUGGGACACUUAAGAUUUUGCAUGAGCAGAAAGACCACAAAUGUAGGUCAUUACAUUUAAAAGUUCAAAAGAAGUUUCCACACUGAAAAUGAAUGAAUAACAGGCAAAGAGCUUGAUUUGUUUUUCUUGCACGAACAUGAGUGCUUGGGCCAGUUUUUGUUGAAACAUAGAAGUGUGAAGAUGGACAAAGGAAUACUUUCAUUGCCAGCUGAGCACACAAGCAAAUCUCCCUUCUUUUCUUUUUUUUUUACUACAUAAAACAAACAAAAAUGAUCCAUAAGACAAAGAGGAACCAUAAUACCAAACAGACAGGAUCUAGUAAGAGACAACCACAGACAGGGAUUUAACUAAUGCUAUUAGAUAAACUGAGAUCUACUACUGACUAUUUUUUUAAAUUGUAGUCAUAGAUAUUUUCUUGAAUGGUUUGGUAUGGUUGAGUGCGUUCAGAAGCUUUUGGGGGAAAUAAUUGUAUUUGAGGUGAAAUUGUGGAAUUAGUGGGAUUAGAGGAAUUAGCUCAGUGGCACAUGUAGAGAAACACUGAAUGAUGUCCAGAUUUCAUCAAAUAGCUUUAUUUGAUUUUUGGAAAGGGUUGCUAUUAUUAUUUUUUUCCAUUGAGAUGUGUUCAACAAAUUUAACAAUUGAGAUGUAUUGACUUUAUCUUUGCUUUUCCAGUCAAAGAAUAUUUUACACAUGCAGACCAUGAUUACCUCAAAUUAUUCUCAUUGUCAUCCUCAUCAUUGGUAUCAUCUUCAUCAUCACAUCAUUUCUGUUGGAUCUUCAAGACCACUUCAUGGUUCUGGUUUUAAAUUCAUGAUAUGAUAGGAGCUUUCAAGUGAAUGACAUGGCUUUCUGCAGGAAAGUGUGGGAUAUAUUGUUUGUUAACCUUCUCUGCUGGAAAAUUGGAUCUUCCAUGCAAGUGAUUUGUAGCGGAGUCCUUCAGGUGGAACCUGGUAUUGUGGUGUACAUGGGCUCUGAGCUGACUGUCCUCUGUCGCUCAUAUGUGGAGCGCUGCGGCAGGCACUUCUCCAUUUAUCUCAACCGCCAGCUCCAGGGCCCCCUAGAGGUGAUCAACUGCACCACAGUGAGCCUGCGACUGGCUAACGUUGUGCCCAAUGCUCAGCUGGUCUGCAGAGUGAGCCAGGACAAAAUGCAGCAGACCGUGUGCGGAACGGUCCUCCAGCCUGGCUGUACGCCAUCUAUCAUCAUCAGUAAUAACCGUUCACAACCUGUGUACUUGAUUGCCAAUUAUGUGGUUAUGAUGAAAAUAGCAAGAGAUAAAGAAUCUAAUGAAAUUAGUACCAAAAGGGUGCCAUCAUGGUGUACAGCCCAUGAGAGCAGGAAAUGUAAGCAGCCUGUCUCUACAGUUCCUCCAGAGAAGCCUACUGGACUGAGAUGUUUUGCACAGAAGGAUUCAGAAAAUGCCAGCUGCACUUGGAACAAAGGAAGGGAAACCCACCUCCUCACCAAAAAUGUUGCUACAUUUAAAUUCAAAAAUGGGACCCAAGCUUUCCAUCAACAGAGCUACAACAAGAGCUCUGUCUGUGUGCCACGGUCCUUGUUUGAUGGGGAUUUGGAGUUCAGUGUGAGAGCUCAGAAUGACCUGGGAGAGGCAGUGUCUGAUGUGAUCUCACUGUCAGUCAGAGACAUAAUUAUCCCCAGCACCCCUAAAAUCAUUAUGGUGGAGUUUGGGAAUAAUUCCCUGACGGCCACAUUACACUGGAACAUUUCGGAAUCAUCGGGGCUAUGGAGAGCCAGAGUCAGAAUCGGAGAUACCAGAAGACACACAGAAUUCUGGGGUCCUAGACAGGGUCCGGUGCAGCUGGAAGGCCUCAGACCCCUGUCCUGGUAUGAAUUCCAGAUUCAAGCCUGCUCCAUAGAAAAGAAGCCCAAGUGCAGCCAGUGGAGCUCCCCUGUACAGUACACAAGCCCAGGAACAGCACCUACUAAAAAAUUAGAUGUCUGGCGAAUACUCAGAAGUUUUCAAGAGAAUGGAACACGAAGUGUGACAGUUCUGUGGAAGCCUCUCAGGCCCGAGGACUGCGGAGAUGUGAUGGUGGGUCACGAGCUCGUUUACCAGGAGCGAGGGCGGAGGCAGGUGAUCACCUGCCCUGCCAAUGUCACAGAGAAAACGUUCCGCGUGUCACCUCGUGAGCAGAAUCUUUGUCUACGCUGUCACAUCCACAGGGAAGUCCCCACCUGCUGCUCUGCACAUCUCAGAAGCAGGUCUCACCAUGCUCAUGUGAGAGAUGUGGCUCCUGCACAUAAAGGCAGUGUUCUCCUGACCUGGGAUGCGUACCGCCAUGAGAAUGUGUCAGCACUCGGCUAUGUUGUUCAGUGGCAGAGCCACUCUCAAGAUAUGCAAUGGAAGAGUCUAGCUUCUGCAGAUAGCUCUACCCUCAUUGAAGGUUUGGAACCAGGAGUAAGAUUCAACAUAUCCUUGUUUGCAAUAACAUCAGUGGGCAUAUCUGAUCCUGCCUUUCGCCAAGCCUAUUCUGAAGAAGAGAAACCACUCUCUGGGCCAAAAGUUUCAUUGCUGAAUUUCGAAGGAACCCAUAUACUAAUUCAGUGGGAGGAUCUUAGCCUGGAACAGAAGAGAGGUUUCAUCACUAACUAUACUGUCUAUGUGAGGAAACGCAACACUGGACAACAAUUGACCCUGGGAGGCUCUAUGUCCAGACAAAUGUGGCUAAACCACCUGGACACGCCCUUUGACCUUCAUAUCUCUGCCUCCAACUCUGCUGGGGAGGGUCCUCUGGGGGAGGGGGUCUUCUGCCAGCUCCAACGCUCUCCAAAAGAUUGGUCAGAUGUUGGGCUUGGCCUUAUGAUUGCUGUCCCUCUGGUGAUUCUUGCCAACUUGAUGUGCUGGAAUUGUGUUCGGAGAAGUAUUACGAGGACAUGCACAAUGGUUGGACCCCAGUGGUUGUUUGAGAACUUCCCCAAAGUUGAAAACAGCACAGCCACCAAGCUACUGCAGGAGAAGGGAAGAAGUGACUCGGAGUCUUCCUGGAGGUCCAUGUAUGUUGAUCCCCCCUUUACUCCAGUGGAGAUCAUCCCAGCAGAGAGGACAGACUGGCACCCCCCUGCUGUGGGGCUCAAGAGUGCUGAUGUGGGUAUGGAAGGAGCGGUGUUACUAAGGAAACCAGAGACUGGUCCGCUCUUGGAAGAAGAUCAUGCAUACAAGCCCCAGAUCACCAGUGCAGCUCAAGAGGAGUUACCAGAGGAGGAGGAUAAUCCAUGGGUGACUCCCUUGCACACAGAGGUGACUCUAAUCCCGUGCCAGGAGGACACAGUGUGCAGUACGCAUGUGUCCGAGUUUCUGAGAGACUGGCUCUCUGACAUCACUCAGGACAGAUCUGGGGCAGGCCUGAACACCACGGGAGGCAUCCACUUCAAAGGCACACCCCUGAUUGUUCACACCACUGGGUCCUGGCCGGAGGAAGGGCUGACAGAGCUGGGCGACUGCCCCGAGGACAUCCACCUGGGGCAGACCUUACUGCCAGACCAACUGGUCAACUGCCUGAGAAGUCCUGCCAUUGACUUGUCUCCCACCACCUUCCUCAGGGAAUUACCCUGCAUGCCACACAGUACCACUACUGAGGAAUGUGUGUGAGUGAGUGUGUGUGUGUGUGUGUGUGUAUAUGUGCGUGUGUGUGUAUAUAUGUGUAUGUGCAUGUGUGUGUAUGUCUGUGUGUGUGUGUGUGUGUGUGUACGUGUGUGUGAGAGAGAGAGUGAGUGAAUGAGAUGGAAGGGGAAUAAUGACAUAGACUGCAAGCUUGCCAUGUAUGAGCAAGAAAAACCGCUGGAAACAAUGGUGAAACAUGCCAGUGAAACACCAAUACUUUUUGUCACUUUAAAUGCAUUUUUUUGCAAAUCAGCAUUAUCCAUAUUUCUAAUGGGAAACAAGGAUGAGUUCAUUAAUAUUUAAAAAGGUUUUUGUUAAAUAUUUUAAGUGGAAUAUACUAUUAUGUGCUAUUACUUUGUUAGUGGUAUGUUUGUGUGUCCAAGCCCUUUGAUUAAUUCUUAUAUCGUUUUACACUUGUUUACAAUCAGCAGGAAUUAAAAAAAAUAAUUUUCAGCUGUUCAGAACUGCUCGUUAGGCUGCUGUCAACCUAGUUUAGAUCCAUCUGUCCAUCCUAUUUAUAUACAGGGGGACUAAAAGUUGUGUCCUCAGACUUUGGUCCCCACUGUUCAUAGGUGGAUUUCUUGUGACUGAGUUGAAAUAAAGGAUUUAACCCCUUAAGUCACGAUGACCCAUA